AUGAGAGAGAAGAAAGAAAGAUCUCGUGCCAUCUGCCUAGAGCUCCAGCGAACCCUCAGUGAUGUCCUCGUGGUGAAACCUGGUUUAGCUCCAGAGAUUGCUGCUCUAGCUGCUGAGAGUGCUGCUCUAGCUGCUGAGAAGGCCAUUGUAGCUCCUGACAAGGCUACUCUAGCUGCUGAGAACGCUACUCUAAGUCCUGAGAACACUGCUCUAACUUCUGAGAAUGCUGAGCUAGCUGCUAAGAAUGUUGCUCUAGCUGCUGAAAACACUGUUCUAACUGCUGAGAAAGCCGCUCUAGUUGCUGAGAUCGCUCAUCUAACUGCCUGUAACGUUGCUGUAGCUGCUAAGACUGCUGCUGGGGAUGCUGAGAAAAUUGCUCAAGAUGCCGAGAUAGCUGCUCUAGAUGCUGAGACCGCUGCUCUAGCUGCUGAGAUCGGCGCUCAAGCUCCCACCAUCACUUUUCUAGUUUCCGAGAUCGCUGCUCUAGCUGCUGAAAUCGCUGCUCUUACUGCUGAGAAGGCUGCACUAACUGAAUCAGUUGGACAUAUGCUGUCUAAAGGAGCUAAGGCCUUCUGCCGAGCCGCCCGCCGAUUCCUCUGCUGUUUCCCAGCAGCAAGAGCCAGAGAGGAAAAGUUGGAGAAGGAUAACAAAGAUCUGAAGACAAAGAUGAAAGUGAAGGAGGAAGAAAUCUUCUACCUGAUCUCUGGACAGAUGCUGUCUGAAGGAACUAAGGCCAUUGGCCCAGUCAUCCUGGAGAAAACUGGUCUAGCUGCUGAGAACGUUGCUCUGGCUGCCGAGAACGCAGCUCUAGCUCCUCAGAACGUUGCUCUAGCUGCUGAGAAUGCUGCUCUAGCUCCUGAGAACAUUGAUCUAGCUGCUGAAAUCACUGCUCUAACGGCUGAGAAAGCUGCUGUAACUGCUAAAGAUGCUGCUCUUACUGCUGAGUUGCUUGCUCAAGCUCGUGAGAACAUUGCUCUAGCUUCUGAAAUCACUACUCUAACUGCUCAGAAAGUUGCUCUAACUGCUUAUAGUGCUGGUCAAGUUCCUGAGAUCGCUGUUCUAAUUGCUGAGACCACUGCUCUAAUUGCCGAGAAGGCUGCUCUAGUUGGUUAUAACAGCGGACUAAAUGCAAGGAAUGAUAAACUGAAGAGGCAGCAGAAAGCUUUGUGUGCAGCUCUGGCUAAAGACAAUGGUGCGGCCAGAGCUGCUCUGGAAAAACAAAAUAUGACACUGACAAAGAAGAUAAACCCUUCUGCCUUACAGCUGUUACGGGACUCAUUCAUCUUGGCCAACACAGAAAAGACUAUCGAAACAGCAAGAGCCAAAGAGGAAGAUUUGGAGACGAAGCUUGAAGAUCUGAAGAUGACACUGAAAGUGGAUCGGGAAGCCAGAUUCAAACAGAGAGAGGAUCUGAUAAUCCAGAUCAUAGAGACAGAGGAGAAGUUGAUUAUUGAGCAGCAAGAAGGAAAACUGACCAAGCAGAACACUGAGCUUCAGGUACGCUACAUCAGAUCAUUUUAG